UUCAAGUGGUCAAUUUCAUCAACCAGGUGCGGUUAUGAGAACAGGCCCGCCAGCCUCUAGUGAAUUAGCAGUAGUUCAUUCACCCGCACAAAGUAAUAUAGCACCACCACCCCCGCCGACUGCUGACAUGGCGAAUCCUCAUCAUCACCUAUCAUCUCGGGGAGCAUGGGAUGAAAACUUUGAUCCAAUCAAUUCCCAUCAAGGAAACCAACCACCACCACAAGGACUAAUGGGCCUUGAUCACCAAAACUCUUCAUCUUCUUCCUCAUACGACAUCUUUGGCUUGGUGGGGGGUACGAGUGGAACUGGAUCGAUGUCAAACAAAGAAGGUUUGAAUGACUUGUUGUCUAGUUACUUUGGUUCAAAUCCUCCUACAAAGAACCCUGGAAGUGGUGAAGAUGGGGCUGGGUUAUACGGUGCUGAUAAUACCACAUAUGGAACCGCGGGUCCAGAGACGUUUUUCGGUUUACCAUCUAUUGGAAAUAAUGAACCAAGCACUGGAACAGAGACAGCUCCUGGAGAAUGGGAACAAUACUUAGGACAUCCUCCUAGAAUGUGAGGAUUAUGAAUGUAAAUUAAAAAAGAGUGAAAAGAAAUCAGGAUAUGCAUCUCAUUUUUUUUGUAGAUCUCAGGUUUAAGAGAGAUUGUGUCUAUAUUGUUGUUUUUGGUUAUGCAUUUUUAAGUAGCUUGAAGAAAAGUUGUGGUGAUGGAUUGUUUUGAUUUAAGCUGAACGGAACAGAUCUGAUGGUAUACCACG